AUGUCGGCGGAGACUACCGCCUUGCACACUCUAUCCGCACAGUCACACGGCGCACGCCAUCAAAGCAGGCACAAGAAACAUGAUCCCUUCUUGGACCUGUCAGACGACGCCCUCAAGCGGCCCGACCAGCCAUCUCCGAACACCAGCGAUCAAAACGGCCAAACCACCUCCGAGCACUCCAUAAUCGCAGACGUAUGUCCAUUCUGUGCAGCCAGCCCCUCGACCCGCUAAACUGAGCUGGUCUGCUCACACAUCCUCUCUUCUAGCUCAUCCUUACCCCGAUCAGCGUCAUUUCAUUCAUUCUCUCCCUGUGCAUCGUGGAGAGGGAGCAACGCCAAUGGCGCCUGUCACAGCACGCUCCCUCUCCCAAUCCGUCCUCCUGGUCCCAAUUCGGCCGGAGGAGCCCCGAGCCGUAUCAGCAUUCGGAAGGAAGCACAUGGCAUCCUCAUCUUUCCUGGCAUCGUCGUGGAGUUGCCAAGUCGCAAUUAGACAGUGUCUUCGAGAUGAGAUCCCGUGUCCUCGUUGCGUUGGCGGCGUGGACCUUGCUUGGCUUCCUGGCCGUCUUCUAUGCUUCUCGCCGCAUGUACAAUUGGGCAUUUGCUUGA